ACAACAUUACAACUAUUGCAUCUGUAAAACGAAACAUUCUUCAAGAAAAAGUCCUGCUAUGAAAAUGCUGACUCAUCCGGCGUUUUUGAAUAUUCUGCUGAGGCGGUGCUCGUCUUCGGCUGCUGUGUCAGCACCUUUGCCGUUGCGAAAGAAAAAAGCCAAAUCAACCAGUAAUGACAGAAAGCCAUUUGUGGACAUGAAGCGAGUGCAGGUGGUGGGGGGGAAUGGCGGGGAUGGCAGUAUCUCGUUCCUCAGCCUGUGGGCCAACGAGUUUGCAGGGCCGGACGGCGGUGAUGGUGGAAGCGGUGGACAUGUCCUCUUCCAGGCUUGUGAGAAUGUGCAGGGCCUGGGUCACAUCAGUCCCUUGGUGAAGGCUGAGAGUGGUGAGCCAGGGGGCAGCAAACACUGCCACGGUCGUAAUGCACCACACACGCUUGUCAAGGUACCAGUGGGUACAGUAGUGCGUCCACUCUUGAACGAGGAUCGCGUGGUGGGUGACCUGGGUCGCGCCGGCGCACUGUUUGUGGGCGCGCGUGGUGGCGCAGGCGGGCGCGGCAACCACUUCUUCAUCGGUGACACACAGCAGCGCCCAACCGUCGCCGAAAUGGGUGCUCCCGGAGAGUCGCUCGCCUACAUUCUCGAGUUGCGCAGUAUCGCUAAUUUCGGACUGUUGGGAAUGCCGAACGCUGGCAAGAGCACUUUGCUGCAGGCGAUCUCCAGAGCCCGUCCCAAAGUGGCAUCCUAUCCAUUCACCACCAUCAGGCCUCACCUAGGGGUCAUCACCUAUACUGACUACGACCAGAUAACAGUGGCCGAUCUUCCCGGCCUAAUAGCAGACUCGCACAAGAACCGCGGCCUAGGCGUCGCCUUCCUGCGACACGUGGAGCGUUGCGACGCCCUUGUCUACGUGCUAGACGUGUCACCUGCGGCCAGCCUUACUGCGCAUGCGCAGAACGCCACUGCUCAGAGUGCUACUGCGCAGUUUCGGUUGCUGCGCGACGAGGUGCGAGCCUACAGCGGGCGGUUGGCGGAGCGCACCUCGAUUUUGGUUGCUAACAAGAUCGACUUGCCUGGUGCCGAGGCGGGCCUAGCUGAACUCAGGGAGUACGUGGGUGACGAACAUGAGAUUAUCGGCAUUUCUGCCAGGUAUGGAACCAACCUUCAGCAUCUGCUCAUGCGCCUUAGACAAAUCUAUGACUCCACCAGAAACCAUAAACAGCAACUACAAAAACAAUGUGAAGAACAAGACAAUUUAUGACACUGAAUUUCGCCUUUGACAUCUCACUGAGGGAGAAAUUAAACACUACUGUAUAAUAUAGUGAGUUCCACAUUAUAAUGGCAGUAUUUUAUUAACAUUGGUGUUUCUAUCUAUCAUUCGCUAAAUCAAAUAGCGUUAUCCUUUUCUAGCCCCGCAACGUUGCCAGAUCGGUUUUCAACAAUGUGAAAUAAUAUAAUUAAUUAAUAAAAUAUUCAAUCUUAAUCAUGAAACUUUAUUAUGUAAUCAUUGAAAAAUAUAUUUCUUACAAAUAAAAUACAUGUAUAACUGAUUAUUUCAAAAAAGAAUGAACUGUUUUGAUGUAACAUCAGAUAAACCGUUAUCAGCUAUCUUCUAUAGACGGCACUGACAAGGCAGAGCAUCGGUAAAGCUGCUCUCCUAUCUUCCUUCACUGUCAUUAUAACUUGGACCUCACUAUAGUCUAACCAAUCAAUGCUAGGUUCCUUAUGUUAGGCAAUCAAAGCGUGCUUGGCUAGGAAUGUUUUAAGGAAUUGUUUGUAAAGAAAGCCUUUAAAGUUUACGAACAACGCUUUGAAAUGGCUGAUUGAAUAUGAUUUUUUUGAUUGGCAUUUUUACUUUAGUUAAAUGCAGAAAGAUUACCUUUUGUUUAGUGUAUUGGAUGAGAUAAUACAGUAAGUCAUAGCAUUACAGUUUGUUGAAUUUUUAUAAAUAGUUGUGUUGAGAGGAUAAUGUUCCCUGUUUUUUUCACGAACCAAGUGUUUUGAGAAAUGUGUAAAUAUUGAAAUAAAUUUUGUUGAAACAUA